AUGAAAAGUGGGUUACUAUCGAUAAACGAUGUAUUCUUUUUAGUAGUAAAUAUUUUUAAAUAUUUUCUGAUUGUCUUGAACGGAUUAUAUCUGUGUAAACUGCCAUUCAUUGCUGGAGAAAAUGUUGACUUUGUAAGUUGUAUUGUAUGCAUAAUAGUAGGCUUUUCAAUAAAAUUAUCAGUUAUAGUAAUAUACUACUUAUAUUUUAUGGACAUAUAUGCAGUGAAUAAAUGUAGAAGGAAAAGUUUUCUAAAUUUGUUUCAUCUGAAUAAUACAGACGGCAACGGAAAUAGAACUAUGCAAGAAUCCGAUGACUUUGAGUAUAAAAAAUUAAUUAAGAAAUUUUUUUUUAAGAAAGUAUAUUAUUCAAUAAAGAAAAAACAUAAAAAAGUGGAAUUGUAUAUGUUAAAAAUAUAUAAUAGUACAUUUAACUACUACUUCUGUAACAUAAGAGAUACGCUAUACGCAUUAAUAUGGUAUAUCAGUCUAUAUUACUGGAGGAGAGAUACAUAUGAUACUAUCUGGAAUUUUGACAAAAUACCCGCAUAUAUAUACAACAUUUUAAUUGUUCUUUUGUCGUCAUCCUAUAUCGACUUAGUAAUGGUCAUUCUUAGUUAUAAUAAAUCUAAAUUUUAUAUGAUGAAAUCGAAAUUGUUAAUAGAUAUAUUUUUUAGUGCACCAAAUGUGUUUUUUUUUUCGAAAUAUCUCUUUGUGCUUGAUAAUAAAAUAGAUAUAUACUUUAUAAUGGGGUUUUUACGAAACAUAAAGAUAUUUCUAAAUGUAUCAUAUGUCAGAAUAGAACAAAAUUCCAUUUUAACAAAUACAGAAAUUAAAAUUGUUAGAAUUGUGUUUGGAGUACUUUUGUUGUGUAAUGCGUUUGCAUCAACUAUUUAUACAAUUCAGGCUAUUCACCCUUUUAAUUUGAAAGAUGGGAAUUUUCGAUAUUUUCUUAACAGUUAUUUAGAUUAUUUCUAUUUUUCUAUAAUCUCGAUAUCAACAGUUGGAUAUGGUGAUAUACUUCCAAUUAACAAAUUAAGUAAAGUAGUGUGUAUUAUUUUUAUAUUUUGGACAUUUAUUUGGGUUCCAAUACAAUUUAAUGAUUUAAUUAUUUCUAUUUUUUCCAAAAAAAAAACAUAUGGAAAAGUUAGUAGGAAUAAUCAGAAAUUUAUUCUACUAAUUGGAGAAGUGGAACCGCAAAAAUUAAACGUUUUUCUUUUUGAGUCAAUUGCAUAUGGAAAUAAGCUAAAAUUUCAUAUUUUAACUACUUAUCCUAUAAGUUUUUAUAAAGAGCAAAUAAAAGUAGCAGACCAUUUUUGUAUAUCUCUAUAUAUUAAAAAUUUUGAUUUGAAUGAUAAACAGAAUACAAAUUUAUUAUACAGUAUCAAUGCGCAGAAUGCUUACUAUUUAUUUUUAUUUUCUGAUAAAUUUAAUAAUGGACAUUAUAAUAUAGACACAAAAUCGUUUACAAGAUUGUUAAUUCUGAAAAAGUUCUUACAUGGAAAGAAAAACGCUGUGAUUGAAUUACGAAAUAAAAGUGUUUCGAAUAUUGUGAAAUCUAUUGGAUGUGAAAAUUUUGUCAUUGUCAAUUUAAAGCAUUCCUUAAUAGUUAAAAAUGCAAAGUAUCCAGGGAUUAUAACAUUAAUUUUAAAUUUGUUUACAGCAUACAAAUAUGAUGCUAAUUUUUUGUAUACAUUUGAUGAUAAACACUCUUCUUUUCCAUUAAAAAAAUAUAUAAGUGAAUAUAGUAGGGGAUCUAGAACCAAAAUUUUUUCCUUCCUAGCUCAUAAAAACAUGAUUGGAUUAAAAUUCGAUAAAUUAUUUUAUAAAUUAUAUUUAUCCCUCGGUAUUAUAUUAAUCGGUAUCGAAAAUGACAAUGAAAAUAUAUUUCUCACUGAGAGGAAUUCUCUUACCCAUAACGUCAUUAAAUUAAUUAAGGGAAGAAAGAAAAGGCAUCAAGAGUUUAAAUUUAUAUACUUGCAUUUGCUAAAAAGGUAUUCUCAUAUGUGUACUACCUAUGUGCCAUCGUCAUUACAUAAAAGUAGGAAUACUUCAAAUAGAUGUAAAAAUUGUCAUAUGAAGCAGGAGAAUUUAAACACACACACAACUAAAAAGUUUGAUUUGUUAAAUGUACACAAGAAAUAUCAUUUCAAUAAGAAAAAUUUAUACAAUUCGGGUGACGUAAAAUGUAAGAAUUUAAUGUGUAAAACUGGUUAUUGUAGGGAAGGUGAAUAUGCAGAUAAAUCCUACAAGGGUAAUAAAAUAAAUGGAAAUAUUCCUCAUAGGAGAAAAAAAAAUAAUUCGAGUAACAUGGAAAGUAAAGACAAUAUUUGCAUAAGCAUUGAUAGAAGUAAUACUACGAAUAAUAAAGUACACCAAUCAUAUUCCAUUAGGGGAAAUAAAUACAUUGAGGACUUAAAGAAUUGGGAUUACAAUAUAAUUCACACCAUAACCAACACCAAAUGGGGUCGAAACAGCUAUAUACAUAGAAACAAUAAACAGUUAAAAAGUUACCUGAAUUUGUUAGGAAAAAAUUAUGCCAUACAAGAAAAUGACAAAUGUAUAGUUAUUGCAAAUUCUAAGAAAGUUAUAAAAUAUUUAUCAAUAGCAAAAAGUCUAUAUUGGCUAUUUGAAAUUAAAAGCAAAAAGAAAGAGAAUAUCCCAUACGAUUUGAAAUCUGUUAUAAAAACUAAACAAACUUUCAAUAAAUAUUUUACAGCAAAUGUAAGGCGGAAUAUAUCAAACAUGCCUCAUGGGUAUAAUACAAGUUUGAUUCAAAAAAAUGCCAAUAUAAUGGCCGUAAAUUAUCACGAUUUAUUUAGGAAUUAUAAAAUUUCGAGGCUUUUUUUUUCAAAAAAGAGUUAUCUGCUUGGGAAAAAAAACAGGAAGGUUAUAUAUGAGCAUGGGAAUGAUAAGCACGAUUCAACAGGCUUCAAGGUUCCUUCUAGAAACAAUUCUUCUAUUGGAAUCCAUCAAGGGAGUGCAAAACAAUAUAAAAAUUGUGAAAAAUGGGAAUAUUUCCAGAAAACUCCUCACGACAUCAUUUGUGAUACUAAAAAUUGUACCUUUGAAAGUUGUAAUUUUAGUAGUUGCAUUACAAACGAAUUUAAUAUAGACACAGAAUUAGGAAAAGAUGAUAAGAAAGAUCAUGUCACGACAACAUUACAUUACUUGGAGAGUCCUCAUGGGAAUAUUUCCCUGAGGAAUGGUCCCCAAAACAGUCAUACUUUGCCCAGUAACGAACUGUGUACACAUGGAAAUUCAAUGAACAAAUAUUCGAAAGGGGAAAAGAAGUGCAGAGAAUUCUUAACAUCUAAUUGUAAGGACAAGAAAUUGUUGCAUUUAGAUCACUCACAGAUAAUAAAAAAGCAUAGAAAUUAUUUUUAUCAUAAAAACAAAUUAAAAAAAAAAAAGUAUUUAAAUAAUUAUUGCAAUUUUCAAAAAUCAGAGGAAACACUAAAAGAGAAAGAUAAGCAGAAUAAUUUCAAUUCUACUUUUAAAAUGAAUGCAAUAGUAUAUUCGUACGUGGAAGCCUAUGAAAAAUAUUUCUCCCAGCGUAAGAAUAAUAAAUUAUUGCUAAUAAUAAAUUGCCCAUCGAAUAUUAUAGACCUAAUUAAAAUGAUAAAUCGUAAAUACGGAUACAACAUAAUUAUAUUAACUGAUGAAAUACCUACCAUAAAUAUACAUGAUUUGUGUAAAUAUAAUGUUGUGUUUAUAAAAUGUAAAUCUUUGGAUGAUUAUAAUAUAUUAAACGCUGGCUUAAUUCAGGCAUAUUAUAUACUAAUUCUUCCCACGGAAGCAAAUAAUGUAGAUGAAAUAAACGAAAUAGACAUGAAUAAUAUAAUAUUAACAAGAAAGAUUAUUCACUUGAUGCGAAAAAAAAAAAAGUCUUACUAUAUAAAUAAUAUAAUGACCGAAUUAAUUAACCCUUCUAAUACUAUUUUUCUUGAGGAAAAUAAAAUGGUAAAAUUAAAAGACAAAAAAUCUUCAUAUAGUGAUUUUUUUCCUUAUGUAAAUUGUUCAAGGUUUUAUUCAAGUAAUAUAAUAUGUGAAACCAUGUUAUAUAACUUCAUGACACAUCACAAAAGUUUCACCAAAUUUUCAGUGUGUAAUGAUACAUUGAAAAGUCUCAUAAAACACAUCAGCACAAUUUAUAUAUGUGACUUGAAUAAGUACUUUGAUUUUUCUUUUAAAAAAAUUAAAACAUUCCGCGACCUAUUUUAUUAUUUAUCUAAAAAAAAUAUCAUAACAAUUGGUUUAUACAGAAGGGGAGACAAAUAUGCCCCUUUUUACAUUUAUACCAAGCCUCACGAAAAUUGCGUGCUGAAAUUAGAUGACAUCAUUUACGUCUUGUAG